AUGCAUACAAAACGACAACAUUAUGAAGAAUUGAAAUCGAUAUGGAACGAAAUAGAAAGAAUAGCAUUUGAAUUAAGUGGUGAUUCAAAAAUAUAUAAAAUAGGUGCUGAUCCAAGAGAUUUCAACGUACUUUGGAGAUCAUACAUAAUAUCAUUGAAUGAGAAGCAUAAAACUUCAAUAGAUAAACUUAAACAGGAAAACGAGAUAGAACGACCAUCUAGGAAUUCCUCUUCAUUUGACCUUGGAGGCAAAGAAGAUGAAGAGCUUUCGCUUUUCAAUGAGAUGCCAUUGGAAGAAAAAAUAAUGAAAGUAAAUGUGUUCCUUAGGACUGAAUUUUAUUAUUGUUACUUCUGUAAUUUAAAAUACACUAGUGAAAAAGAACUAUUUCAAAAUUGUCCUGGCAUUCGUAAGAUUGAUCAUGAGUAA